AUAUCAUCCAAGUUCUCCAGGAAAAGUGAACGUGUGUGUAAAGUUUUAGUUAUAGGUAGUUUUCUUUGCAAUAGUUUUUACUAAAUAAAAGGCACAACUCGAGCUAAGCGAUACGAAAUCAACAUACGAUAUAAUCUAGUCAUAUUUUUUUUAAUUCAAAAUGAAAUAAAUCAAGAAAUAUUUUUUUUAAUCUGUGAGAAUUAAGCCUGUACUUAUUUUUUAAUAGUUUUAACGUAGUUCCUAAAAAAAUAUGCAAAUACUAAACGCAAGAUAUGCCCUAAGGGCGUCAGCGACUCAGCUACAAGCAUGGUCUUCACUUCGGUACCGAACCGCUACUACUGAUAAAACAGUAGAAUACAAGCCUAUAAGAAGUGUGUUGGUGGCGAAUCGCGGUGAGAUUGCGAUCCGCGUGUUCCGAGCAUGUACGGAGCUAGGCAUUCGUUCUGUCGCUAUAUACAGCGAGCAGGAUCGAUUGCAGAUGCACAGACAAAAAGCUGACGAGUCAUACGUUGUCGGCAAAGGUCUCCCACCUGUCGAGGCUUAUCUGAACAUUCCGGAGAUCAUCCGGGUGGCCAAGGAAAAUGACGUCGACGCGGUACAUCCUGGAUACGGUCUACUCUCAGAAAGGUCAGAUUUCGCUCAUGCCAUCAUCGACUCGGGGCUACGAUUUAUCGGACCCUCCCCGAAGGUGGUACAACAAAUGGGUGACAAAGUCGCCGCGAGGAAAGCCGCUAUCGAAGCUAAGGUUCCUAUCGUCCCCGGUACUGACGGUCCAGUAACAACAAAGGAAGAAGCCGUAGAAUUCUGCAAGCAACAUGGUCUGCCAGUUAUUUUCAAGGCCGCAUACGGCGGCGGGGGUCGUGGUAUGCGUGUAGUGCGCGAGAUGAGCGAAGUCGCGUCCGCGUUCGAGCGCGCGUCUUCAGAGGCGUUGGGCGCGUUCGGGAAUGGAUCUAUGUUCAUAGAGAGAUUCAUUGAAAGGCCGAGGCAUAUUGAAGUGCAGUUAUUAGGUGACAAAGCUGGUAAUGUAGUCCACCUGUACGAGAGAGACUGUUCAGUACAGAGACGUCACCAAAAAGUCGUAGAAAUUGCACCCGCGCCCAGACUUGAUCCUCAAGUUCGUCAGCAAAUGGUGGAUUGUGCGGUACAUUUGGCGAAACACGUGGGUUAUGAGAAUGCGGGAACUGUAGAAUUUCUACUCGAUGAUAAAGGAAACUUCUAUUUCAUAGAAGUCAAUGCUAGAUUACAAGUAGAACACACGAUAACAGAAGAAGUGACAGGCAUAGAUCUGGUUCAGUCUCAGAUCCGAGUGGCAGAAGGUAUGACUCUACCUGAGCUAGGACUCACUCAGGACAAGAUCAGGACACAAGGGUAUGCGAUACAGUGCAGGGUCACCACCGAGGAUCCGGCUAAUAACUUCCAACCAAGUACUGGAAGGAUUGAAGUCUUCAGGUCUGGUGAAGGUAUGGGUAUUCGGCUAGACUCUGCUUCCACAUACGCGGGUGCCAUCAUCUCACCUUAUUAUGACUCCCUGCUUGUUAAGGUGAUCUCACACGCACAAGACUUGUCAUCAUCAGCGGCUAAGAUGAACCGCGCUUUACGCGAGUUCCGUAUCCGAGGUGUCAAGACUAACAUCCCCUUCCUCCUCAACGUGUUAGAAAAUCAGAAAUUCUUAAAUGGCGCUGUGGACACAUACUUCAUUGAUGAAAACCCACAGCUGUUCAUGUUCAAAGUAUCGCAGAAUAGAGCACAGAAGAUCCUCAACUACCUCGGCUACGUGCUGGUCAACGGGCCUGCCACACCUCUCGCCACCAACAUACCACCCUCCGAUGUCAAGCCGUAUAUACCGCCUAUACCUCUCGACCUUUCCCCUGAGGCCAUAAAAAGACAGGAAUUGACUGGUGAGAACACAGCCGUUCAACCUCCAAAAGGCUUCAAGCAGAUACUAAACGAAGGUGGCCCUGAGGCAUUCGCGCGCGCGGUGCGAGAACAUAAAGGUCUACUGCUCAUGGAUACCACGUUCAGGGACGCUCACCAGUCAUUGCUGGCCACUCGUGUGAGGACACACGAUCUGCUCGCAGUAUCGCCAUACGUCGCCCACAACUUUAGUAAUUUGUACGCGCUGGAAAACUGGGGAGGAGCUACCUUUGAUGUCGCGUUAAGAUUCCUUCACGAAUGUCCAUGGGAGCGACUGGAAGAUAUGCGGCGGCUGAUCCCCAACAUUCCUUUCCAGAUGUUACUGCGAGGCGCCAACGCCGUCGGAUACACCAACUAUCCCGACAACGCUGUCUACAAGUUCUGUGAUAUGGCUGUAAAAUCCGGUAUGGAUAUCUUCCGGGUGUUUGAUUCCCUCAACUAUCUUCCAAACUUAAUUCUCGGUAUGGACGCGGCGGGCAAAGCCGGGGGCGUCGUCGAAGCUGCCAUUUCCUAUACCGGAGAUGUUUCAGAUCCUAACAAAAAGAAAUACGAUCUCAAAUAUUAUUUGAAUUUAGCUGAUGAAUUAGUGAAAGCGGGAACUCAUGUGUUAGCAAUUAAAGAUAUGGCUGGUCUUUUGAAACCACGUGCUGCUGAAUUAUUAAUAACAGCAAUCCGGGACAAGCACCCGUCUAUCCCAAUCCAUGUACACACACACGACACGUCAGGUGCGGGCGUGGCGGCCAUGUUGGCGUGCGCACGCGCAGGCGCUGAUGCUGUAGAUGUCGCUGUUGAUGCCAUGUCAGGACUGACCAGUCAGCCCAGUAUGGGUGCCAUGGUGGCAUCUCUACAGGGAGAUAAACUUGAUACUGGAAUACCUCUACAAAAUGUAUCAGAGUACUCAGCGUAUUGGGAACAAGCGCGUACAUUGUAUGGACCGUUCGAAUGCACGGCCACUAUGAAGUCGGGUAACGCUGAUGUGUACAUCAACGAGAUCCCCGGAGGACAGUACACCAAUCUGCAGUUCCAGGCAUUCUCACUUGGACUGGGCAGCCAGUUUGAACAAGUUAAAAAGGCAUACAGGGAAGCGAAUCUGUUACUAGGAGAUAUAAUCAAGGUGACACCCUCAUCUAAAGUGGUGGGAGACUUGGCUCAGUUCAUGGUACAGAACAAACUGUCUGCUAAGGAAAUAGAGGACAAGGCAGAGGAACUCUCCUUCCCUAAAUCUGUGGUGGAGUACCUGCAGGGAGCUAUUGGUAUACCUUACGGAGGAUUCCCUGAACCGUUAAGGUCUAAAGUACUAAAGGACAUGCCGCGAAUAGAAGGACGUCCAGGACAAGAACUACCACCAUUGGACUUCGACAAACUCAAGGCUGAAUUAUUGGAAUCAUUCCCAGAUGUAACAGACAAGGAUGUUAUGUCAGCAGCGAUGUACCCGCAAGUGGCUAACGAUUUCUUCCGCAUUCGUGAGAAAUACGGACCCGUCAAGCACUUGGACACCAAGACAUUCCUCGUUGGACCCACGGUUGGUGAGACAAUAGAGGUAAAGAUCGAACGUGGUAAGACUUUGGACAUCAAAACUCUGGCUGUAUCUGAUGAGAUGACGUCGGCUGGAGAACGAGAGGUCUUCUUCGAGCUCAACGGACAGCUGCGCUCUGUCUUCAUACGAGAUGAGAAUGCUAGCAAGGAAAUGAAAAUCCAUCCUAAAGCGGUGAAAGGUGACAAGGAUCAAGUCGGAGCACCAAUGCCUGGCACAGUUCUCACAAUCAAAGUAAAGGAAGGAGAUAAAGUGGAGAAAGGACAACCUAUAGCUGUUCUCUCCGCUAUGAAGAUGGAAAUGAUCGUCCAAGCUCCCAGAGCUGGUACCAUCAAAACUGUAUCCAUUACCAAUGGACAGAAGUUAGAGGGAGAUGAUCUGAUCUGCACCAUUGAAUAGAAUCUUAUUUGUAAUAUAGUCGAGGACAUUUAUUUCCUACCCAUUUCAAUGAAACAUUUUACUAAAAGUGCAAUAGUUAAAAACUUACA